AUGGAUCCCAUUAGAAUUGACACCAAAGAGCAUGUUGACUCUUUACUUGAUAAAUAUGAUAAUUUCUUGUUUGACUGUGAUGGUGUUGUUUGGUUGGAUGAGACCUUAAUACCAGGAAUGUUGGAAACCAUUAAGUACUUACAAGAUAAUGGUAAAGGGUUUGCAUUCAUCACUAAUAACUCAUCUAAAUCAAGAAAUGAAUACAUUGGUAAAUUUAAGAAAUUAGGAUUCGAAGGAAUCACCAAAGAUAUGAUUUUUCCCACAUGCUAUGCAGCAGCUACCACAGUUAAAGAAGAAUUGAAGAUUCCUCAAGGAAGUAAGAUAUGGGUUUUAGGAGAUCACGGAAUUGAAGAUGAAUUAAGAGAACAAGGUUAUAUACCAGUAGGAGGUUCAGAUAAGGCUUUGGAUACAGAAUUCCAUCUCGAACACGAAUUAUUGAAAGUUGAUCCCGAAGUUAAAGCUGUUGUAGUUGGAUCAACCAAACAUUUCAACUAUAUGAGAAUUGCACUGACUUUACAAUAUUUAUUGCAUGAUAAUAAGUCCUUACCAUUCAUAGGUACAAAUAUUGAUAGAUCAUAUCCUGGAGGUAAUGGGCUUACAUUACCAGCUGGUGGAAGUGUGGUAAAUUUCAUGGAAUAUACUGCUCAUAGAGAUUUCAUCAAUGUUGGUAAACCAAGUACAUUGUUUUUAGACACCGUUUUGAAACAUAUGAAUUUUAACAAAGAAAAGACCGUGAUGAUUGGUGAUACUUUGUAUACUGAUAUUAAGUUUGGUAAUGAUGGUGAAUUAGGUGGUGGAAAUGGUGGAUCUAUUUUAGUAUUAUCUGGUGGUACAAAACCUCAUGAUUUGCAUAAAUUACAUGAAUUAGAUACUUCAAUGAUUCCUUCUUUCAUAAUUGAAUCAUUUGGGGAUGUUUUUAAACUUUUGAAUUUAUAG